CAGUUUCACAGAGCGCUCAACGGAUCAAGGAGACGGUGCAUUCCUGUGUGGGCGCGGCAGAACCGUCCGGAGCGGACUGACCGGGAGAAAGGCGCUGGGAACCCGGCAUCAGCUGGAGGGAAUGACGGCAGGCGUUCGCGGGUAGCCGGCAGGAGGAGAGAGGAGAGGUCAGGGGGAGUACUGGGUGGGAAAUGGAUUGCGUAAAGCAGUCGGAGCCUGCACCUGCACCAUCUCCAGGAAGUCUGAAGCUCUGAUUGGAGGUGGAUUUUCUAAGUUUUGUCCAUGGCGGGGUGCUGUGACUGGAUCUACCGCACCUGCGUGUGCUGUCUGUCUGAGGAUGAGAAGAUCGCCAUCUCUGUGGACAAAGAGAUCAAGAGGAUCCUCAGGCAGCAGAAGAAGAAGGAGAGAAGAGAGAUUAAAGUCCUGCUGCUGGGAACUGGAGAAAGUGGGAAAACCACCUUCCUCCGACAGAUGAAGAUCAUCCACGGUCGAGGCUUCUCAGAAGAGGAGCGGAAAGCCUUCGCUAAGUGUAUCUACCAGAACAUCUUCACUGCCAUCAAAGCCAUGACUGGAGCCAUGACCACACUCAGAAUCCCUUACACCAGCCCGGAGAACGAGAGGUUCGCCAGGUGGCUGCAGGAUGUGAACACGAUGCACAUCGCCCACCUGGAGAGGAGAUAUGUGGAUGCCAUCCGCCGCCUCUGGUCAGACCAAGGAAUACGGAUCUGUUACAGCCGCCGCUGCGAGUAUCAGCUCCUGGACUCCACCGAGUACUACCUGAGCAACUUGGAGCGGAUCUCGGCCCACGAUUACAUCCCCACGGAGCAGGACGUGCUGCGUGUUCGGUUUCCCACUACGGGCAUCCACGACUACUCCUUCACCAUCAAGAACAUCACGCUAAGGAUUGUGGAUGUUGGCGGGCAGAAGUCGGAGCGUCGGAAGUGGAUCCAUUGCUUUGAAAACGUGACCUCGCUCAUCUUCCUGGCCUCCCUCAGCGAGUACGACCAGGUCCUGGAGGAGAGAGAGACCAUCAACCGCAUGCAGGAGAGUCUGGCUCUCUUCUACACCACCAUCCAUUCCGCCUGGUUCCACAACACCUCCAUCAUCCUCUUCCUCAACAAGACUGACAUCCUGGAAGACAAGAUCCGGACGUCAGAUCUGGGGAAAUACUUUGACAGUUUCACAGGUGAAAAGCAGAACGCUGAGCUCGCAAAGCAGUACAUCCUCAAAAUGUACGAGCAGCGUUCCAUGAACCAAGAAACCCGGGAGUGGAAGACCUUGUACCCGCACUUCACUUGUGCCACGGACACCAACAACAUCCGCAAGGUGUUCACCGACAUCAGAGACACGGUCCUGCUCAAGUCGCUGAGGGACUACGGAGUCCUCUGAGCUUCUUUUACUCAGUGGCGUGAGGCGGAAGGAAACGCAAUGCUUCCCCACGUUUAUCAUGCAGACAGGACUAAAAGCAGCGACUGAGCACUUUUUCACAUGAAGAACGUUUUCCGUACAAAAUCCUCUCCGACUGUCAUGUUUCAUUGGUUUUUAGUUUAAGAUCUGUAAUAAAGGUCUGUAAUAAAAGCUGGAAUCACGUCAUUUAAAUCACACCUGUGUUUAUCGGCAGGAUUGCUUUACAAAAGAAGCGUUUGGGCCGUGCGUUAUGUUGCUCUGUAAAAGUUGCUGAAGUAGAGAUGCUGUGAAGUACAGCAUGGCCAUUAGUGGUGGAGAAGGGGUCAUGCACUCCACUGCUGUAGUGCUGCAGGAGCAUCCACCAGUUACAGACAGAUAAAGAAGAAGCCUAGAAAAGUUCACAUUUUUCACCAAAAUGUGAGCUGUUAGGACAGAUACUCAUCCGAAUAAGCUGCUUUUUGUAAUCAUCUAUUAUUAAUCUUGGAAAUAUGAUGUGUCUGUACAACAAAGACUGAAAAGCAUGUCAAUUUCUUGAAAUUGAAUUUGAAUUCAAGCUGCUGCACUACACUGAAUUUGGCUGAUGAUUUUACUGGUUAAUGUGUUAAAAUCUCCACUGUCAAGCUGCUCAGAUGAAUGUUUUUCCAAGCCUGUUUUGAGUUUUAUAAAGGCACUUAUUGAGUUUUUCUGCUUCUGGUUUCCGGUUUUAUUUGAGGUCUGACUUGCCAACUCAAAUCUGAACCCAUUCUUUAAUAUCUUCUUUGCACUUAGAAGAAAAAUGAAGAAAUGGCUAAUAUGUGUGCCAAAGUACAUGUUUUGGCUGAUGCAUUGGGAGACUGAACAUAAUGGGAUUUUUAUGUUUUAGAAGCAUUUAAUGACUAGCAGGUGGUAAAGACUGAUUUUUCAGUAUUUGUUGUAUCAGGGGGAAAUCAGCUGAAUUCAACUUUGGGCGAUUGAUUGGUGCAUUUGUGGUUUUUAGUGCUUUUCUGAUGGAGGAGAAAUGCUAUGUGGACACAGUUUUUCAGGAGGGAUAUAUAGUUGACUUAAGCAGAAAUCUACAGACUUAUCUAUAAACCUGCAAGGGACAUGUUCAAACCCUUAAAUUAUAUGCAUAUUUAAGAUAAUAUCUAAGAAAAUUUAACUGACAACUUCUGUUUUUUAUUGUUUUUGGUGAUAAACACUCCUAGUGAGACCUGGAGUCAAUUUAUGGUGGACCCCACUGUUGAGCAUGGUGGAUAAUCUGUCAUGCUGUGGGCUCAGAAGAAGCUUGAUGUUUGAAAAUGUGGUGGACUUUGCCUGAAAUCUGAAUACUUUUCAUCAUUUGCUGGGAACACUCAAUGUUAUCUACUAUGCUUAUACUUUUUCAUUUUAUGGGCAGGUAAGUUUUAGCUCAGUUUUGCCAAUUCAUUAUUGCUGCCUGGAGGUGCAAAGAAACCCUCCAAUCUGUUAAUCCAAGCUUUCAAAUAUCUUUCUGGGUAUUUUCUAUGUAUAUAACUGAGAGAAAGAGAAAUGUAAAAGUCUGUCAGUGGCUGAAAUAUGAAGUGGUGUCCUACUUGAAACAGUCCGAUAAAUGUGCUGUCAUACUUUAAUAACAUUAAAGGCCAAAUAUAACAAAGGUUGAUUAAAGUGUAAUAACAACUCAGCCUCAUAUCAAUUUAAAUUGUGACUUCUUCAUUUGUCUUGUAUCAAUUUCAUGAGUCCUUAAGGCGUAAAAAAAUGUAUUUAAAAUUAUAAAACUAACUGACCUGAAUGUAAAACUCAUUGGAGCGGAGCAUUCAUUUCCAUGUUUCUGAUUCUUUACGAUGCGUUUGACACAAAUAUGGACGCCCUCUGUACAUGACUACUGCUCUUAAUUCAUUUGUAAGUCUUCAAUUUGUAAUAAUUGUUUACCUGCUGGACAUAGACUGUGACCAGAGACUGCCUCCCUUUGGAGGCGGUGAAACAUUUGUGUAGAGUCUGGUGGAGGAAGAAUAAAAACAUGUUUUUUAUAGUUAAUAUUAAAGAGAACAUCUUAACACGCA